GCGGCAGCGGCAGGCUCGGGCCUCCGAGGCGGCGUCCCAGGCCUCACCCUCAGCCAUCACCUCCAAGCCCAGGAAGCCCCCCACACCCCUGGAGAAGCCACAGCAUGACCUGGAAUCAGAGGGUGGCUGCCUGAGGGAGACCUCCGAGGAGGCUGAAGACAGGCCCUGUCGGCCCAAGAGCUUCCAGCAGAAACGGAACUACUUCCAGAAGAUGGGACAGCCGCAGAUCACAGUGAGGACGAUGAAGCCUCCCGCCAAGGUCCAGAUCCCCCAGGGGGAGGCGCAGGAGGAGGAGGAGGAGGAGCAGGAGGAGCAAGAAGUGGAAACAAGAGCAGUGCCAUCCCCUCCUCCUCCCCCCAUCAUGAAGAAGCCAUUGAAGCAAGGUGGGGCCAAAGCUGCAAAAGAGGCUGAGGCUGAGCCAGUCAAGGAGACAGCGGCCAAGGACGGUGGCCAAGGGCCAGCCCAAGGCAGGGGGAUCGUGGUGCGCAGCUCAGACCCCAAGCCCAAGCGGCCACAACCCAGCAGGGAAAUUGGCAACAUCAUCCGCAUGUACCAGAGCCGCCCGGGCCCCGUGCCUGUGCCUGUGCAGCCAUCCAGGCCUCCCAUAACUUUCCUGAAGAAAAUCGACCCCAAGGACGAGGCUCUGGCCAAGCUGGGUAUCAACGGUGCCCACUCGUCCCCGCCGAUGCUGUCCUCCAGCCCAGGAAAGGGCCCCCCACCAGCUGUGGCUCCUCGACCCAAGGCCCCACUGCAGCUUGGGCCCUCUAGCUCCAUCAAGGAAAAGCAGGGGCCCCUUCUGGACCUGUUUGGCCAGAAGCUGCCCACUGCCCAGACACCCCCACCUCCACCAGCGCCACCACUGCCUCUGCCCGAGGACCCAGGGACCCUUUCAGCCGAGCGUCGUUGCUUGACACAGCCCAUGGAGGACCAGGGCGUUUCCACCCAGCUACUUGCGCCCUCUGGCAGCGUGUGCUUCUCCUACACUGGCAAGCCCUGGAAGUUGUUCCUACGCAAGGAGGUGUUCUACCCACGGGAGAACUUGAGCCAUCCCUACUACCUGCGGCUGCUCUGUGAGCAGAUCCUGCGGGACACCUUCUCUGAGUCCUGUAUCCGGAUUUCCCAGGAUGAGCGACAGAAAAUGAAAGACCUGCUGGGAGACUUGGAGGUGGACCUGGAUUCUCUCACCACCACUGAAGACGGCGUCAAGAAGCGCAUCGUGGUGGCUGCUCGGGACAACUGGGCCAAUUACUUCUCCCGCUUCUUUCCUGUCUCGGGUGAGAGUGGCAGCGACGUGCAGCUGCUAGCCGUGUCCCACCGCGGGCUGCGACUGCUCAAGGUGACCCAAGCCUCCAGCCUCCGCCCACACCAGCUGAAGAUUCUCUGCUCAUACAGCUUCGCAGAGGUGCUGGGUGUGGAGUGCCGGGGCAGCUCCACCCUGCAGCUGUCGUUGAAGAGCGAGCAGCUGGUGUUGCACACAGCCCGGGCAAGGGCCAUCGAGGCGCUGGUUAAGCUGUUCCUCAGUGAGCUUAAGAAGGACUCUGGCUAUGUCAUCGCCCUGCGCAGCUACAUCACUGACAACUGCAGCCUCCUCAGCUUCCACCGUGGGGACCUCAUCAAGCUGCUGCCGGUGGCCACCCUGGAGCCAGGCUGGCAGUUUGGCUCUGCCGGGGGCCGUUCCGGACUCUUUCCUGCGGACAUAGUGCAGCCGGCUGCCGCUCCCGACUUUUCCUUCUCCAAGGAGCAGAGGAGUGGCUGGCACAAGGGUCAGCUGUCCAACGGGGAACUAGGGCUGGCUCGGUGGGACAGGGCCUCAGAGCGCCCUGCCCACCCUUGGAGCCAGGCACACAGUGACGACUCGGAGGCCACCAGCCUGCCCUCCUCUGUGUCCUAUGCCUCUCUGUCCACCGACUCCCACAACUACACCAUGCAGGAAUUCGCCCUGCGUUACUUCCGGAAGUCCCAGGCCUUGCCGGGCCAGACAGAUGGAGGUGCUACAGGGAAGGACACAGACAGCCUGGUGCAGUACACCAAGGCUCCCAUUCAGGAGUCGCUCCUCAGCCUCAGUGAUGACGUGAACAAGCUGGCUGUGGCCAGCUUCCUGGCCCUGAUGCGGUUUAUGGGUGACCAGUCCAAGCCCCGGGGCAAGGAUGAGAUGGAUCUGCUCUAUGAACUGCUAAAGAUGUGCCAGGAGGAGAAGCUGAGGGAUGAGAUUUACUGCCAGGUUAUCAAGCAGGUCACGGGACACCCCCGGCCGGAACACUGCACUCGAGGCUGGAGCUUCCUCAACCUUCUCACAGGCUGCUUCUCUCCGUCGACCAGGCUGAUGCCCUACCUGACCAAGUUCCUGCAGGAUUCAGGCCCCAGCCAAGAGCUGGCCCGGAGCAGCCAGGAGCACCUCCAGCGCACAGUCAAAUAUGGGGGGCGCCGGUGGAUGCUCCCACCGGGUGAAAUGAAGGCUUUCCUGAAAGGACAAGCCACUCGCCUGCUUCUUAUUCACCUGCCAGGAGGUGUGGAUUAUAGGACGAAUAUCCAUACUUUCACGGUGGCAGCAGAAGUGCAGGAGGAGCUGUGCCAGCAAAUGGGCAUCACAGAGCCUCAGGAAGUGCAGGAAUUCACCCUCUUCCUCAUCAAAGAGAAGGGCAAGCUGGUGCGGCCCCUGCGGCCUGCUGAAUACCUCAACAGCGUGGCAGUGGACCAGGACGUGAGCCUGCACAGCCGGCGGCUCGGCUGGGAGACCCCACUGCACUUCGAUAACUCCAUCUACAUCAGCACCCACUACAGCCAGGUGCUGCGGGACUACCUCCAGGGGAAGCUGCCGGUCAGCGCCAAGGCGGACGCGCAGCUCGCCAGGCUGGCCGCCCUGCAGCACCUCAGCAAGGCCAACGGGAACACUCCCUCAGAGCAGGACCUGCUAGCUUAUGUGCCACAGCAGCUGCAACGGCAGGUGAACAUGGCCUCCAUCAAGAACCUGAUGGGUCAGGAGCUGAGACAGCUGGGAGGACACAGCCCCCAGGAAGCACAGAUCAGCUUCAUUGAGGCCGUGAGCCAGCUGCCCCUCUUCGGCUAUACCGUCUACGUAGCACUGAGAGUGAGCAUGCAGGCCCUGUCGGGACCCGCUCUCCUGGGGCUCAACCGCCAGCAUCUCAUCCUCAUGGACCCCAGCUCCCAGAAUCUGUACUGUCGCAUUGCCCUGAAGAGCCUGCAGCGGCUCCACCUGCUAAGCCCACUGGAGGAGAAGGGGCCCCCUGGCCUGGAACUCAACUAUGGCUCAGCUGACAACCCCCAGACCAUCUGGUUUGAGCUGCCACAGGCCCAGGAGCUGCUAUACACCACUGUCUUCCUGAUAGACAGCAGUGCCUCUUGCACUGAGUGGCCCAGCGUCAACUGAGAGGAGUGUAGGCCAGGGAGAGACGAGGGUGAGGCCUCCCCUGGCCCAAGUCUCACCCAGAUGGUCUGCCUUGGAUGCUAUCAGAUCACUGUUCCAGAACCUGCCACAGCACAGCCCAGCCGGCCCACAUGCAGGCCAUGAGGCAGGGGCUGCUAUCAUGUCACCAACAGGCAAAGAAAACAGCCAGAGCCCCUCCAGGACGGCCUGGGCCCAAAGAGGGCUGCAGGAACUCGCCUGGGGAAUCUGAGGUUGCCCAGUCUGAGGGAGACGCCCACCGGCCCCAGGCUCCGCCCAGGCCCCACAUUAGCACAAUCCCAGGCAUGGGAGAAACAGCUGCUGAGGAAAUAAAACUCCCCGGAGAAAA